AUGGCCGGAGAGGGCAAGGAUAUAUUCCAUCGAACGCAAACCCAGAACGAGAGAGUCUUUGCGGACCAAAUAUCGACUGCUGGAGAAGGACAUCCGACGGCACCGCCAUCCAAAUUGCAAACCCCCAUCGCGGCUCAGGCGUCGCAUCCCCCCGAGACAGGAUCAUCGCCAGCGGAAAGCUUGGCCCAGUCCUAUCUCGAUCGGCACCCCCGCGCCUUCCGAGCAUCGUUUAGACGACCCGAGCGCGGUAGCGAUGCCGGCGAUGAGGCCACGGACCCCUACACGCGUAUCCAGUCACCAGAACCAGAAUCAGACCGCACCGUCGACCCGGGCUUCAAAAUUGACCUCCCAGUUUUCAGCCGAACGUGGGAGCCACGUGUGUUUGAUGCGUGGGCUUGUUGA